GCCACUUUGGCUUGGACCCCACUCUGGGUCGUGUCUAACGAUCCAUCGGGGGACUUGGGUGGGUCCUGGGUAGCCGAAGGAACUGGUGACAAUUGGGCUUGGCCGUGGAGGGCUGAAGGGCCCGGCAAUUGAAGGUUCAGGUGUUGAACGACUAGCAAUGAAAAAUGCCAACGAGAUGAUAAACUAAACGAGUGUAGCGGUUCUAAUGAUAAUUCGAUGACACUUGGAAUGAUGAGCUCCGAAUCGGCACCUCACUCAUUGAAAAAGACUGGUCGGGAGUGCACGAGAUACGAGGGAGGGUGGAGUACCAAAAAAGUUCAGAUUCAGAAAGGCGACAGCAAGAGAAAAAUGAGCAAACAAAAGCCAACCCAUUCUCUGGUAGCGUGGUGCAUUAAAUUUACGUCAGCCACCAACUCUAGGCUCUCCUCCCAGACUCAAGUCCCCAGAGGCAGGAAGCAAGGCAGAAACGUCGCUACCGUCCAUUUUGGAACAAUGGGCAUCAAUUUGCCAUCAACUAAUAAUGAGCGUCAGAACAAAAGCAGGGCUUCCUGUGGUGUGUCGUCUCCAAUGGCUCUAUUUUCAUUAAUUUCAAAUUGUCCCUACAGCAUCAUCUGUUCCUGCACAACCUGUGCAUUCCGAGAUCUACUCGCAGUGCAUUCUCCGGUCUUGAUCGUCAGUUCGGAGUUCUGACACACGGUAUUCCAAUCCACAUUCCCACCGGGCUACCAU